CUUAUGAUUAACUGUUUUUCAACGAUUAUUAUUUAAUACAAUUCCCUGUAUCAUAUCACACACGCCCUUUCGUAACGAAACCAACGCGAUUUAUUUUGGCACUGUAAUCGAUGUGAGUCAAGCCGAUAACAUACGUGCGACUCCGCGUCCUAUCUCAUAGUAAAGAUACCGUAGUAGUAAUUGACAAGCUUGUGCUGUGUACAACAAAAUGAGUGCUGCAAGGAGUUAUUUCAAAGAAGAGGGCCAGCUGAGUAUGCUCGGGUUGGAAUGCUCGAAACCUUCGUGUUUCUAUCUGAGCGCUUGGCAGAGAAACCGCUCGACAACACCGCUGCUCAUUUGGCGCACGCUCCUGUUCCUAACGUCGUUCGGCAUUCUGCUCAGUUCAAUGGUAAUGUACGGCCUCCAGGGAAAGUUUGGCUUCUGGUUCAUCUAUCUGACGCACUGGGGACUCACUCUCAAUACAGUCGCGACGGCGAUGUCAGCUGCUGUUUCAGCGCGAUGUUACUUCUAUGGACCAAUCGGCGCUGAGUUUGCAUUACCGUGGUAUGUAAAAAGUUACUGGGUCUUCUAUAACAGCGCAGUACCCAUCGCCUUUCUUAUAACGGUAUUUUAUUGGACCAUACUAUACGAAGCGGGUUUUGAAGAGGAGUUAAACCAUGGUCUGGACGUGGCGGUCCAUGGUUUGAAUUCACUAGUGAUGUUCCUCCUACUGGUAUCGGCGUCCCAUCCCUCAAGGCUAUUUCAUAUGUACCAACCUGUAAUCUUUGGGUUAACGUACGCAGUUUUUGGUGCUGUAUAUUAUUUUGCUGGUGGUGUAGACGCAAAUGGAAACACAUGGAUAUACCCGGUGGUUAACUGGGCACAGCCGGGUUCAACAAUGGCGAUGGUGGCGAUUACAGGAUUGCUGCUCAUAGUUCUGCAUCUCGCGGUUGUGGGGCUGGCGUUAAUACGUGAUGCUAUCGCCGCAAGAGUUAUCAGACGCUCCGUUAUCACGCACAUAGAAGAAGGAAUGCCAUUACGAACUCCAACGAACCAGCAAACAAUAACAUAGGCAAGACAUUCUAGCUUGUUUAGAACCAGCUUGUUAGUUUAGAUCCAUUUGAUUCUGGUAAAGCAUGUCACAAUGGACUAGUUAGUAUAUUGAUUUGAUAUUAUUGCUACAAAUCAAGUUAUAUUUAGGGUGAGUUUCCACUUUAUUACAA